AUGUGGAUGCUUAGUCCAGGGUCUCUCUUGACAGGCCUGGGCCUCACCACCCUGGCAGCAGCUUGGGCAUCCCCGGGUUACUCAGGCCUCACCCUACAAUGGGAGUCAACAUUCAACUAUGCGGCUGGCGCGCCCCCAAAUUCUGACAACUGGAACAUCAUCACCGGCUACCUGGGCGUCAAUGCGGAGUGGGAGAAGUAUACGUCCUCCUCCGCAAACGUCCAGUGUUCCGGAGGCCAGACUUUGCAGCUUGUACCCUGGAAGGACUCCUCUACUACCUACGGGUGGACUUCAGGCAGGAUCGAGAGCAAGUACACGUUCACGCCGAAAGCAGGAGCGAUUACUCGCGCAGAGGCUCAGAUCAGAUUCGGCACGAAUGAUAUCUCCACCAAGCAAGGCAUCUGGCCGGCAUUUUGGAUUCUGGGCCAGUCGCUUCGCGAAGGUGGGAGCUGGCCUGCCUGUGGGGAGCUCGACAUCAUGGAGACCGUCAACGGCAUCCUCAGAGGCUACGGCACAGCACACUGCGGUACAUACCCAGGAGGAGUGUGUAACGAAGGGACUGGAAUCGGGAGUUCGAUUGCCAUUCCUGACCAGGGCUGGCACACUUGGAGGAUCGAAUGGGACCGCCGGUCAAACAAUUGGGCAACAGAGACCAUCACAUGGUACAUGGAUGGUCAACAGUUCCAGCAAAUCACAGGUAGCCAGUUGACCCAGGAUAUCUGGAAUGCGCUGGCCCAUUCGAACUUGUAUUUCAUUUUGAACGUUGCUGUUGGCGGCACUUGGCCUGGAUAUCCCAAUUCUGCUACCUUGGAUGGAUAUGGGGCUAUGAUGGAAGUUGCUUACGUAGCACAUUAUACAUCCUAG